GAGUCCUGAGCCAGAACGACAAAGAGAUCACAACUUUCUGCUACACCACAGCCAGACAGGAGGGAAGAUUCAACCCUGAACCAAAGGACUCAAAUCAACUCCAAUACAGACAACUUAACACUUUUUAGACUGCAGAUAUUUUUGAUUCUGCUCUACUUAACAUGAAGAUGACGAAUCUGUCAGAAAGAGCUCUUUUUGUCUUCUUCUUGACAACACAGGUGUUUACGCUAGCCUUGUUCCAGGUGUGUCCUCGGAGAUGCCAAUGCCCCAAGGAGCCCCCCAUGUGUCUCCCCGGGGUUCCCCUAAUCCUGGAUGACUGCGCCUGCUGCUUGGUGUGUGCCGGUCAGAAAGGGCAAGCGUGCUCUGAAAUGAACCCCUGUGACACACGUAAAGGGCUGCAGUGUGAAUAUGCGGCCGACGUCCACAGGAGGACUGGCAUCUGUGCCGCUCACGAGGGAGAUGUGUGUGUUUUGGACGGUUCCGUCUAUCAGAAUGGCCAGACCUUCUUCCCUAGCUGUAAGUUCCAGUGUAUGUGCCGUGAUGGGCAAAUAGCCUGUGUGCCGCGCUGCAACGUGGACGUGAUGCUGCCUGGGCCGGACUGCCCCAUGCCACGCAGGGUCCAGGUGCCUGGAGAGUGCUGCGAGAAGUGGGUGUGUGAGCCCCAGGCUGAGGCCAGUGCGCUGGGCGGCUUUGCCAUGGCGGCCUAUCGCCAGGAGGAAACAGUGAGCUUUGACAGUUGGGACCCCAGCCUGAAUUGCAUUGAGCAGACCACAGAGUGGGGCGCCUGCUCUCAAACCUGCGGCAUGGGGUUGUCCAGCAGGGUCACCAAUAAGAACCGUCGGUGUGAGAUGGUGAAGCAGAGCCGACUGUGUAUGAUCAGACCCUGUGACGACCAGCAGGACCAGACGCUGAUACCGCUUUCACCAAAGAGAGGCAGUAAGUGCCAGAGGAUGGUGAGGAGUGACACAGCCGUCCACCUCUCCUACAAGAACUGCACCAGCGUCCAGGCCUAUAAGCCUCGCUACUGCGGCUCCUGCACAGACAGCCGCUGCUGUACCCCUCACAGAACCAAGACUGCCGUGGUGGAGUUCCAGUGUGCCAAAGGCAAAAUCACCAAGAGGCCAGUCAUGGUAAUCUUGACCUGUGCCUGCCACAACCACUGCCCCCGAGACAACGCUGUGUGGCAGCCGUCAGAGCUGGGAUACAGCGGCAUGAGGUUAUAGAGUCACUCUGAGAUCAUAAUGAGCUUAUAAUGAACAGUAAGUGAAGAUUGUAUCUCAUGACUGUGUCUGUAAAACCAGGAAUUCGGCGUUGCAUUAACUCCAAAAUUUUGAAUAAAACAAGACUGUCCACAGUAUACAGUAAAAUAGUCAUAAAACUGUACAAUCUAUAGGCGUAUAACUUGCAACAUAUCCACAGUACAAAUAAGAUUAUAUCUGCUUAUUAUGGUCAGAAUCCUUGUAUUCAUAAAAUGAGAGUCUACUGAGGUUGAGAUUGUCUCUCUCCUGGCGAGGGAUUUAAUUGGGUUACAUCCUGUGGACAAAUAAGUGUCAUCUUCACUAUAUUUAAGUAGAAUCAAAGCACUUAAACCUUGAUUCUCCCCACUUGUGACGAUCAGGUAGAGCAUGCUGCCAACCAUUCACAACAGACGUUGGACAGUUGUUUGUGGGUGCUCGUACAUACUUGGAGGAGAUUGUAUGGUAACUUAAAACAGCCUCUAUUCAAGAGGUCAAUUAGUAUGAAGGUGUGCAGUCACAGGGUUGUGCAGACAUACAGGAGUAUCAUUGUUGCUUGAAGCCUUCCAACCAGACGGUUUGAGUGACAGUUAGGGAUGUUAGGCUAAUCAGGCAUGAUUAAGAGUAUUUUAGAAGAACAUGAAACCACAGCGUGUUGUGUUCAGCCUAAAUGAUGUACGUCGUCUUUCAGAAUAAAUAAAAACACCUACUGUACUAUGACAUUUUCACACCUUAAUCUGAGAAAAAACUAUGAGAAGAGUAUUUAAAUCUCAUCAAUUAAAAAUAGAAAGAGUGACAAUAGGAAAUAAAGGAUUAUAGGUUGAGCUGUUACCUUUUUCUGGCACUGCCAUGGCAAUUUUUCAACUAUGGGACACAUAUUUGAAAUAACUGGACUGUGUACUUUGACCUGGUCCGAACCAAAGGCUCAACGUAUGAAAGAGAGCUCACUGUGGUGACUUAGUGUAAUUUCUAACAUCUGCCUGAAAUCUUACCCCUGUUGUAAAAUGGAUAAUGUCUACGUUCCCAUCAAUACAUGCAAAUGUAUGGGGUUUUUCAGGUUUAAGAGGGAUAUUAUUUUUGUUUUGUUUCGUUUUUUUGUUUAUGGUAGUGCACAUAAACAACAGCUAUUUUUAUAAUGACAAAAGUUUUGUAAAUACUUGCUGUAUAGCUUGUUUCACUGAGUGUGUAUGAAAUACACAGCUUUAAUCGGUAACAAUGUAAACGUGGAUUGUAUAUAUUGGUAUGUGGUAUCGUUUUGCUAACUACUUGAAUUAUACUUCACUCUGCUUGUUCCUGUAUCUGUCUGAAUAUAACUGCAAAACUCAACAUUUGAAAAUAAAUUUGUAUUUUUUGUA